UUCUAGAUAAGCUGCAGCAUCUUUGAUAAGUUGGCUGUCUUUGGCUGUCCGUUUAUCAUCAGCUUAUCAUCUUAGCUGUCAGGAUGGGUGGCUGCUGGUCAUGGGUGAACUGUAGGUCUCACCCAGAGGCAGAACCCAAGGAUGAAGAUGAAGAGGGGGCACAGACUGGUCAUCCCAGAAAUCCAGCCCAUGUUGCCCCGUGUCCUGGGGGACCCAUGUUGCACCAUGUUCUGGGGGACCCUCUGAGGGAAGAGCCCAAUGAGGCUACCUUGGUGCCAGGACCACUUCCAGGACCUCACAUCAACAAUGGUAUUCUGGGAGAAGAGCUCAACGAGGCAACCUCAGUGCCAGGAUCCCUUUCAGGACCUCUCAUUUGCACUGAUAUUCUGGAGGAAACGCUCAAAGAGGAAACUUUGAUGCCAGGAUCCCUUCUAGGACCUCACAUCACCAAUGACAUUCUGGUGGAAGAGGUCAAUGAGGAAACCUCAGUGCCAGGUCCUUCCAUCCCCACUGGCACUCCAAAGGAAGAAGCUUUUGUGUCAGAGCCCUUACCAGAGCCUUCCACUGCUGACAAUGAUCUUGCACAAGAAAUAGAAAUCCUCACAAGAUUACAGAAUGACUAUGUCCAGCGGCAAAUGAGGGUUCGCCGCAUUUCCCAGCAGUUCCCUCAUUCUCUCCGGGCCAUCAACCUGCAAAUUGGACACGCAAGGACAAGGCUCAUCAGCAGUGAAGUUCGGCUGCAGCGGUGGGGAAAGGAAGGUGACCAAACUCUGAUGCCUGUAAUUCAGACAGCUUCUCAUGAUGUUCCUGAAGGCCCUGCUACAUGUCUCCGCACCCCUGGGUCCAGUUCAUCACCAUCUUCUGCCUCAGUGGAAGUUGGCUCCAUCCCACCAUCUGCCUCCAUGUCUUCUUUCCUCCUGCAUCCCUCUCCCCCUCCUCCUCCUUCCCCACCUCCUCUAGAGCUGGACCUCAGCAAUGUAAAAGAAACUUUGCAGAGUUUGAUGGAUUUGCAGUACCAUCAGCUGAAUGACCGUGACCAAACUCUGAUGCCUGUAAUUCAGACAGCUUCUCAUGAUGUUCCUGAAGGCCCUGCUACAUGUCUCCGCACCCCUGGGUCCAGUUCAUCAUCAUCUUCUGCCUCAGUGGAAGUUGGCUCCAUCCCACCAUCUGCCUCCAUGUCUUCUUUCCUCCUGCAUCCCUCUCCCCCUCCUCCUCCUCCCCCACCUCCUCUAGAGCUGGACCUCAGCAAUGUAAAAGAAACUUUGCAGAGUUUGAUGGAUUUGCAGUACCAUCAGCUGAAUGACCGUGACCAAACUCUGAUGCCUGUAAUUCAGACAGCUUCUCAUGAUGUUCCUGAAGGCCCUGCUACAUGUCUCCGCACCCCUGGGUCCAGUUCAUCAUCAUCUUCUGCCUCAGUGGAAGUUGGCUCCAUCCCACCAUCUGCCUCCAUGUCUUCUUUCCUCCUGCAUCCCUCUCCCCCUCCUCCUCCUUCCCCACCUCCUCUAGAGCUGGACCUCAGCAAUGUAAAAGAAACUUUGCAGAGUUUGAUGGAUUUGCAGUACCAUCAGCUGAAUGACCGUGACCAAACUCUGAUGCCUGUAAUUCAGACAGCUUCUCAUGAUGUUCCUGAAGGCCCUGCUACAUGUCUCCGCACCCCUGGGUCCAGUUCAUCAUCAUCUUCUGCCUCAGUGGAAGUUGGCUCCAUCCCACCAUCUGCCUCCAUGUCUUCUUUCCUCCUGCAUCCCUCUCCCCCUCCUCCUCCUCCCCCACCUCCUCUAGAGCUGGACCUCAGCAAUGUAAAAGAAACUUUGCAGAGUUUGAUGGAUUUGCAGUACCAUCAGCUGAAUGACCGCCAAAGAGACCUCCGCAGCUGCCAGGAAUGUGUGCAAAACAUCAAGGCACUGAGGGGACAGCUCAGGAGACUGCGGAGCAGACUGGCAAGGGUGGAAGCCACCAUGGGGAUCCUAGUUCCUCCAAGGGAGCUGGAUGUUGAGGAGGAAAAAGAGGAAGACAAAAACCAGCAAUAAAAUGCUGCAUAUUUAUUUUAAAAAUAUUAAACUUUUGUUUUAAUUGGAUGCGAUGUGGAGAUAAAACAGCAAUAGAACAUGCAUAUUUACUGCUUAAAAAUUAAAAUGUUGAUUUUAAAGAAAAUAAA